UAAAACCAGGUGCUUCCACCACCAUUACUCCAUAGAGAAAGCUUGGUUUGCCGCCGCUGCCACCACCACCAUAUUUCUUUUCCUCCUUAAUUAUCAUUUUCAUUGCUCUUGUCAGGUUGCUCUUCUAUACCUUUAUUUUCACUUUAUAAAUAGUGUGUCAGCUAGCAUUUUCCUCUCUUAUUUGUCAAUAAUGGUGAUGGGGCAAAUGAGUAAACAACAUCGACGAGUUUACUCUCUUCAUCCCAUCAAAUUGGCACGUUCUGUGUUUGCAAGAAAAUAUCUAAGUCACUUAUUGCCGGCUCUGAAGAAGAUGUUUGAAGAAAACACCAUUUCCUCAUCGAACAAAAAUGUUGAUGAAGACUACUCUAACUCUAAGUUAGAGAAACUUGUUGGGUACCAAGUGAACAUGGCAAUGGUAUUCUCUGCCUCAACUUAUCAGUUUGCAUGGAGCCGUGCCUUGAAACAACAGCUCCAAACAAGACAUGUACUCAUAUAUGGUGAGGGAUUAUUGCCACGUCAUCAUGUUCCUAAGCCCUUGAACUUUCUCCCAAAUCCCAGUGUUAGUGCCAGCAAGAUGAAGAGGUACUCGAAUCAUAAUAUGUCUAAUAAGGUCAGGCCACAUUUUCUGAAAAGAAAUUUAGCCAUGAAUGGAAAGACAAAGAAAAGCAAAGAGGCAGAGAUUAUUGAGAAGAAGUUGACAUCUCUAAGACGGCUUUUACCGGGUGGGAAUGAGAUGGGUGAAGAAAAUGAAUUGUUGGCAGAAGUAGGAAGCUACAUUUCUUGUCUCCAGCUACAGGUGAACAUUCUUAGGUGUCUAGUGGAAACUGAUCAGUUGAUUAAUUAAGUAGUUAAUUUAGUGGUCUAUAAGUAUAACCUUUCUAUUGUGAAAUUAUGCAUUCAUAUAUAGCAGGGUAACAAGUUGUACACUUAUUAUAUGUGGUCAAGUUUAUUUCUUGAUUUAUUUUGAUUGCAUAUUGCUAUGGUUAAGUUAUAUUAUGGUGAUGUUGUGCAUAAGGUUAAACCCAGUAUUUUCGGGUUUCUUAUGGGCUGUGUCCCUGGGGAGUAAUUAUGAGGAAUGUCGAACCAAUAGGGUGUUCGUUGGAUUGGCCUACUUCCAACUGAUCCUGAGUUCAAACUCCCAUUGUACGGUUGGCAAAAAGAUAAUUAUCAGGAAUGUUGACUUAGCAUAAGGUAAAUUCUUGCAGCGGAUGUGCACGAGCUAAUGAAUAGUUUAGUUAUUUUUUCUAUUAAUUAUGCUCCGAGAGAAUGUAAUAAUGUGUCUCAUAG